GCAGGGGAGACAAUCAGCGGAGAUUCUGAAAGGUAUGCUAGUUCUGCUAUUGACCGUCAAGGAAGCACAUCCAUGAGGAAGUCAUUCCACUACGCUUCUCUGAGAGUGAAAACCAAAAGAUGGUCCAAAGGGAGUUCUCUGACCAGUGGAAGUAGGAGGCGGAUUUCCUGCAAAGAUCUGGGGCAUGGAGAUUGUGAGGGCUGGCUGUGGAAGAAAAAAGAUGCCAAAGGUUAUUUUACACAAAAAUGGAAAAAAUACUGGUUUAUUCUGAAGGAUUCUUCACUGUACUGGUACACAAACCAGAACGAUGAAAAAGCAGAAGGAUUCAUCAGUUUACCUGAGUUCAGGAUAGAUAGAGCCAUUGAAUGCAGAAGGAAACACGCCUUUAAAGCAUGCCACCCCAAAAUUAAGAGCUUCUACUUUGCGACGGACUGUCUUGAAGAAAUGAAUAGAUGGAUGAAUCGUCUGGGUCUUGCAGCCAUUGGUUACACACCUGAUGACAAGGAUCUUCGGCCAGAUGAAGAUUACUGGAGUGAAAGUGACCAGGACGAUACUGAUGGCUCUUUAACUCUGAAACAGGAAGGCUCUUCAACACUGUGUGACACCUAUCAUAGAACACCCUCAGUGAAUUCUUCAAGUCCAUUCCCUGAACCCAAACAUGGCCGACAUUUUUCAAGUGAAUCAACUUAUUCUCAUUCUUCUGCGGAGGAUUCCCGACAAGAUGCCACAGGAAGUACACAUUCAUCAGGAUGCAGGCCUUCCUACCGAGAAAGGCGCUCAUGGCAGGACCUGAUAGAGACCCCUUUAACCAGUUCAGGGCUCCAUUUUCUUCAGACUGUUCCUCCUGACUCAGAAUGCAUAAGUGGUCGACCUGGAAUGUCACCAGAUAAGCGAAGACAAGCAACAUUACCAGUCCAAAGACGUCACAACCAUGAACGGGAUGGGCCUUUCCCACUAGCGGAAUGUCAGAGAGGACAUAGUUCUCACAGUAGGCCUCAGAAACAACGUAGUCAGAGCCUUCCGCGAAACAGAGAUGUCAGGAGCAAGGGAUGUGUAAAGUCUACAGGAAUAUCAGAAGAGAUGCCAGAAGAGAAACUUCUUAUUAAAAGGCAAAAUAGUUUCUGUAAUGAAGAAAAUACAAAGGAAAUACAAGAAAGUACAGAUGGUCUGCAACAGUUGUACAGGUCUUUGGAACAAGCUAGCUUGUCGGCCUUUGGAGAACAGCGACCAUCCACCAAGCAGGAAUUCCGCAGGUCUUUUGUAAAGAGGUGCAAUGACCCAAUAGUCAAUGAAAAGCUUCAUCACAUAAGAGUUCUCAAGAGCACUUUAAAAGCAAAGGAAGGAGACCUGGCAAUUAUCAACAACCUUCUAGAUGAUCCCAGCUUAACAUCAAAGAAAUUUAAAGAAUGGAAACUACACAACUAUGAAUUCUUCCUGGACAUUUGUGAGUACAGUGCUGCUCUGAAACCUCAAAAUGGAGCCUCUGAACUUGCAACCCCAGCACCACUGCUGACACACACACAUUCAUUCAUUGAAACGCACGUCUGACAGGACUAGCAGCUAAACACUUGUUGAGUGCCAUGAAAAAUCUAAUAAGACAAACACUGUAAUAUUUGUAAAUAAUGUACUCAGCAGUAUUGUAAAUAACUUGGAUAAGAGAAUAGUGCCACAGGAUGCCUACUACAUUGCAUGAUAAAACAGUAAUAUUCUGUUCUGGAUUAUUUUUGUUUGCUAUUAUCUGCCAACAUGCGUAUCGAGCUCUGCAUUAGAAAGAAGCAGUACAUAAGUGUAACUGAAAAUAAAUAGCAGUAUGUUUACUUAUGUACUGUACUAAAGCUAAGCUUAUAAUAAUGAGCUCCUACAAUCAUUUUAUAUAUUUAGAUAUAUAUAUAAUAUAAACAUAUCUAUGUAUAUAAAAUGU